AUGGAGCUUCCUCUAGACUUGAGUGUCAGAAAGACUACCAUCGAUGACGUAACGCCCGGCGACGACACUGGCAUAUCGACCAGUGGCGACCCCCCACCGCCUUACAUCGACGGCACUGGCUUCAUCGCGCACGACGUCAGCAUCCCUUCUGUUACCAGGCACGAUGGGGAAGUUAGCAUGUCUCUCCUUGAUGCCCAUAUAUGGGAAGCAUUCAGCCAUAAUGGAACAGAAAUGAUCAUCAAUAAGACUGGCAGCCUUCCCUCCUACCUCCACCUGGACUCGCCAAACACAGGGGCGUUCUGGAUACAAAAGAAAAUCUCCUUUGCACGCCUUAAACUCACGAACAACCGAGAUUCUGCAGUUGGAAAUGUAAUGCUGCAGUCCAUGCACAAAUACAAGGUCCAGAUUCUCAUCAGAGAGACGGGGAAGGACAUCAACGUCAUACCGCCCAAAACGUUCACGUUCCCAGAGACCACGUUCAUGGCCGUCACGGCAUAUCAGAACAGCCUCAUCACAAAGCUGAAGAUUCACAACAACCCUUUCGCGAAAGCCUUCAGGGACAAGCACAUUAGAAAAAACUACCAGAAACAAUCUUGUGUCUCUACAAGAUCCUUUCCUGCCGGGAAUCAGGACAGUUCACACAACAACAGGAAGCGGAAGCGUGAGCCAUCAGAGGAAGAUGCAGCCAUUAAAGACCGCGCAGGUCACACAGGAGGGAUGAAUGCUGUAGGCCAGGCAAUGUCAAGGACGAAGAUGGAUCUAGCUACCGACUAUGGGUGGGAUAUGAUGCCCCAGAGGUUUUCCUCCCGCACCCCAGCAGCUACUCACUACCCCACCCAGUCAACACGUGUCAUCCGCAAAGGUACACUCCGUCAAAUCAUUAUAAAGACUUGUCAUAGGAUGGAGGGUAUUGAGACGGUUGAUGAUGACGAGAUCUCUGUGAAUAAGUGUUGA